CGUCAUCACAUCUAAUCGCCCCGCCUAGUUCCUGGCCCGGGACUCUGCACUGCACUUUGCACUCGGAGAGCGGCACGACGGCACCUUCAGUCCUCCAUCAAGUCGAGGACAAUUCUCUACCAUGAGAGGACAGGUGGUUUCUUCGAUGAGAACAGAAUGCCUGUAGGUCUUCGUCUGGGACUGGAGAACGCGACCAUGCAGAGUGCUUCAAUUUAAGUGAACGACCAGCCUCGAGACUGGCCUGCAUGCAACUGUCAGCUUGGAGCUGCUCAGCCUCUACGCGGAACCGUUCGCGCACUGCUAGGCUUCCACCCCAUUGUCCCGCCCAUUCACUCAUUCCCUUCUCUUUCUGCCUCGGGCACCUUACCCAGCAGAAGGGAUCUUCCUGUUGCCAUUGAAUUCUCUGUCCAUUGCUCACGCGCGCACGGCGGUAGCCUAUUCGUUACGUACGCACUGACUGACUGCCUGGCUGUGGACGUGAUACUUGAACAUGCUACGCGGCCUCACCGUCGUCGUGGCGGGGAUUGCGUCGCUGGCUGGGGCAGCGUCUAUUGGUCCCGAACAUGUGCUAGGGCUAGAACAUUCUGCUGCGUUCGUUCCGGUGCCUGGCGCUGGCGCUGAGCUUGAGAUCGUUCGUGUUGAUGUCCUACCUACAAACGAUCUGUGCAAUGCCUCGCGCGUGCAGUUGUUCAGCCAGCCCUUGACAGAACGAACUUCCUUUCAAGAAGAACUCGACGGCACUGCUUCCAUCAGACUUCCCAACCAUGCCGCCCUUACCCUCACUCAUUGGUCAAUGCAAUGUAACCCUGAAUGGGGCUCCUUGGAAGCUCACCUGGAGACGGAUACAGGGGACGGGGACUCUUGGUCCAUGACAGUGAUCCUCGACCACACCAAGGUGACGCAUGUCAUCGCAGAUGGCAGUGAACCAUGGACCUUCUUUGAGAAGACUGGUGGGCAGUGGGACUCCAUCUUGACCAUUGAUGAAGAGAUUGUGCGUGGAUUCAGCGAGGAUGAGGUUGAGGAUUGGAAGGUCUGGAUACCCGCCCAACUGUCCUUGCCCGAGCAGAACCUCGCUGAGGACACGGUCGACGCCAGGAAAGGCGCAUCUGAGCAGUCGAUGCAGCUCAAGAAUAAGAAAGAGGGGGAGAAGAAAUGCAGCGGAUGGCGUUGCUUGCUACACGGCGUUGUGGAAGAUGUCCAGUCCAAGGCCAGCCACCUCUACACCCUCCGCCCCCGACCCACGACGCAGAAACCCGUUUCGACAAUGACCCUCGCUGAGCUACCGACGAAGAUGAUGAGGCCCCUCACAACUACCCGCGCAGCCUCGCCCACCCCGUCAUCGGCACGCUUCAUUCCCGCCCCUGAGCAAGAUCUCCUCAUGACCAUGUCUAUCGCGGCCCUAGCGUUCACUAUCUUCUCGUUCCUGGGCAUCGCUGUCCUCGGUGCGAGACGCUACGUUUCCUCCGACAUCCAACGGCUCCCGUACCACCGUGAAUCCUGCGAGGAACGCCUAGCCCGCGUUGCGAAUCGACGUCGCGCCUUCAAGGGGUUUCUCCAGAAACUCUUCUGCGGCGUGUUUGGUCUCGCGGAGAAGGAGUCCUCCACGCCGCAGGGCCGAGAUCUGAGGACCGCCGGCGAGGAGCAGCAGACUACACUGGAAGCCGACAUUGCAGGUUUCAGAGAGGCUGCCGACAUGGUGGAGAGUCUAGUGGCCAUCGAGGAAGGGAGAGGACGAGCGUCCUUUGACGACCGGCGGCGGCCGCACUGGGAGGAAGAUGACGCUCCACCACCAUCCUAUGAGAGUGACACGGCCGAGGGGAGCAUGGUUGCGGAUGGAUUUCGAUAUACCCCUGGUGGGAACGGCUAUCCGCAGACCACCCCUCAAACUAGUAGCGACCGGCUGGGGUACUGGGCGAAGUAAUGAGUAAUGACUAGGGUUGACUUGGCGUCUGGUGUUUUUUCGUCUCGAAGCAAGUCCCUGUAAUGAUGAGGCCAGUUGAUGGUAGUAAUGAAACGGCAUCGGAACUCGAUGAUUCUACUGCAAGUUAUAACACUUGACAUGUUCCGUUCACGCUAG